GUUGCCCCGGCAACGAGCGGGGAAACGGCCGGGGUUGGUGGCGCGCGGGCCGGCGGGACUGGCCGGCGUUGGUUGAGGCAUGCCGGAGCGCGGCGGGGGCACUUUUCGGAAACUCCGGGGCGCGGAGAAACUUUCCUCAGAUGGCACUCCCUACGCUGCCCUCCUACUGGUGCAGCCGGAGGCUCCUGGAUCAGCAGAUGGCCCGACAGCGACACCGAGAGCAGGAGGCCCGGCUUCGGCAGCAGUGGGACCAGAACAGCCGCUACUUCAGGACGUCUGAUAUCUGUAGUUCCAAACAGGCGGAAUGGAGCUCCAAGACCUCCUACCAGCAGAGCAUGCAUGCCUAUCAGCGGGAGAAGAUGAAGGAGGAGACGAGGAAGCAGCUGGAAGGCAGACGGGACAGACUCAGGCAGCUGCUGCUGGAGGAGCAGGACCUCCUGGCCAGAGAGCUGGAGGCGUCGCGGCUAAGCGUGGACUUGCAGGAGGGAAGGAUCCGGGAGCGGUGCGGCAAUCUGAAGUCGGCCCGAGAAGAGCAAAGGAAACUGAUUGCUGAACAACUUUUAUAUGAACACUGGAAAAAGAACAACCCCAAACUUCGAGAGAUUGAAUCAGCCCUUCACAAGGAGCAUGUGAUAAACUCUUGGAAAAUGCAGAAAGAAGAAAAAAAACAGCAAGAAGCCACCAGAGAGGAAGAGAACAAACGGUAUGAAAAUGAGCAUGAACGGGCCCGAAGGGAAGCGCUGGAGCGGAUGAAAGCAGAAGAGGAAAGGAGGCAGCUGGAGGGCAAGCUCCAGGCUGAGGCACUGCUGCAGCAGAUGGAGGAGCUGAAGCUGAAGGAGAAGGAGGCCACCAAACUGAAGAAGGAGCAGGAGAAUCUGCUAAAGCAGCGGUGGGAGCUGGAGAGGCUGGAGGAAGAGAGGAAGCAGAUGGCAGCCUUCCGGCAGAAGGCAGAGCUGGGACGCUUUUUGAAACAUCAGUAUAACGUGCAACUCAAUAGGCGUACCCAGCAGAUCCAAGAGGAACUGCCUCACGAAUGUCUGCUCUCAGUGCCGAGUGCAGAAAGGCGGGGCCGUGGGAGUGGGAGGCAGGGGCCGCAGAAGGGCUCCCCCCGCUCCCCCUGUGCUUCCUCGGCCACCCUCCAGGAGGCGGACAAGCGCAUCCUGCAGGCGCUCCUCGAGAGGGAGGACGAGAACCAGCGCAUGCAAUUGGCCAAGAGGGCGCAGGCUGUGGCCGACGCGGCGUGGAUGAAGCAGGUCAUCGAGGAGCAGCUGCAGCUGGAGAGGGAGCGGGAGGCAGAGCUGCAGCUGCUGUUGAGGGAGGAGGCCAAGGAGAUGUGGGAAAAGAGAGAGGCAGAGUGGGCCCAGGAGAGGAGCGCCCGAGACAGACUGAUGCGUGAGGUUCUGACAGGGAGACAACAACAAAUACAAGAAAAGCUUGAACAAAACCGACGGGCACAAGAGGAGUCCCUGAGACACAGGGAGCAACUUAUUCAGAAUCUUGAGGAAGCCAGAGAGUCAGCUCGUCGUGAGAAAGAGGAGAGUGAAGAACUGAAAUCAGCCAGGAAACAGGAGCUGGAGGCCCAGGUUGCAGAGCACCAGCUGCAGGCAUGGGAAGAGGACCAGCAGCAGGAGGAGGAAGAAGAGGCGGCGAGGCAGGCAGAGCGGCUCACCGACACCCUGCUACAGCAGGAGGCGAAGACGAUGGCCAAGCGGGGCUACCAGCCCAAGCCCUACGGACAUCCCAGAAUUGCUUGGAACUGACUUUGUUGGGAAUGUAAGCACAGAGAGCAGGGACGCUGAGGCCUGUGAUACGCAGGUGCCAGACAGUUGUACCGUGUUCUGUUUGAGUGUUCGGGUCACUGCGGAACAGUUCAGUGAGCCUGUUUGGGUCCACAGUUACCCAGAGCAAGGGCCUCACCGGACUAAGGGGUUGUGGAGAGGCAGCACCCAGCAGGAGGCCCUUUCCUGCCUUUCGUAUCCAAGGAUGGGGCUCUUAGAGUCACACACUGACAGUACUGUCACGCAGUCCCUAGACUUAGAAAGUCAGACUCUGCAACCGUGCUAGGAGCUGUGCGGUGUGUCCCGCGACAGGAUAUAUGGUUUCCUGUUGCCUCAAGCUAAUUGUCCACCGCCAGUGAAGACUCCCACUGGAGAGAUGAGGGAAGUUUCUCAGUUCUUAAACUUGCUAUUUAAAUUUCAUUAUUUGGUUGCGAGCAAACUCGUAAGUCUUGGUGCAGUUUAUUUCAGGGUUUAUUAAUUUAGUGAUCCCAGAAGGAUCACAUCUUGUUUUCUGGAAGAAAAAAAGCUAUGAACUCUGAGACAGUCUGAUGUGCUCCACAGAUGCUUUCUGGAAAGGUAGCAAGAAGUGGGUGUUUCCUCCUUCAGGAAACAUUUGGUAGAACUUCCGUAGAGUGCCCUGUGUGGGCUGAUCCCAACAUGUAUGUGACUGAGCCCCAGAAGGGAGCCUCAAAAGGCCACCUGGGUGGCUAACCUUCGGGCAUAACACUUUGGACCUCUUGUGUCUUGGGAAGGUCUUGGCAAUAUGCAGCCUUGUGGGAUGUGUGUGUGCAGAGGAAGGGGCACUGAGCCUGAAGGAAGUAGAUCACACUCAACCAGACUGACCAGAACUGCCUCUUCCCACUGUUCUAUCAACAUGACACAGUUCUAGAGUAAUCUCGGCAUGGAGUACAAGUUCCCUGCAGCAAUAAUCAUAUUUUUAUGACUUGUAUUUUUUUUUUUUUUUCAGAUUCUUCCUCUGAGGUUUCAGUUUUCAUUAUAUUGUAUUUAAGAUUGCCUGUCUCAGUAAAUUACAGCUAAUUAUAGGGCUAUGUGCCAGGUUAUUAAAAACCUGAGUUUAUUAAAAAAAAUCCUGAGUGUAAGGGCUGCAUUGCCUUCCCCAUGCAUUGUGCUAUAAAAACAAAUGGAGCAGCAAACUGCAUCCUUAAUAUGUUUUUCUUUUUCUUGUCUUGAAUUUCUUUGGCUAUGAUCCCCUGAGCACCACUUUCAUUAUGCUUGCUUUUAUUUGCUUCCCGUUUGAGACAUUCAUUUAUUGUGAAAUAAAGUUCUGGUGUGACGGCA